UACUCUGGUCUGUGGUCUCUUUUAUCUGUGCCAAAAUAAGUCGAACUACACAUGUGAUGUUAAUAAUUUUGUAAAUUCAAACAAAAUGGCUGCAGUAAAAACUGAUGAAUUAAAUAAGGAGGAAAUCGUUGAAAAUGGUGAGGAAGAGGAUGAUCUAGAAGGAACAGAAGAAAAUGGAACAAAAGACCCUGCUAAAAAAAAGAAAAAGAAAAAAAAGAAGAAGAAGACAGCUGAUGCUGAUGCUACAAUUGAAAAUAAGGCUGAUGUCAAUAACACGUCAGAAAAAAUACAGUCUUUAUCUGUAGAAGAAUCAGCUGGAGAUGGGGAUGACAAGAAAAAGAAAAAAAAGAAAAACAAAAAUAAGUCUGGCAAAGGACCAAGCAAGGAACAAACAAAUCCACCUACUAUACCUAUUGCUGAACUGUUUCCAGAUGGUAAUUUCCCUGAGGGCCAAAUUAUGGAACAUGGUCCCGCUGAAGGCAUUAACGAACAAACUGCCAAAGAUCGCUUUACAAGCGAGGAAAAAAGAGCCUUGGAUAGAAUGCAACAAGAUAUCUAUCAAGAAAUUAGACAUGCUGCAGAAGCACAUAGACAGACUCGUGACCAUAUCCGUAAAUGGAUAAAGCCUGGCAUGACCAUGAUCCAAAUUUGUGAAGAAUUAGAAUCGACUGCAAGGCGUCUUAUUGGUGAAGAUGGGCUUAAGGCUGGUUUGGCUUUUCCUACUGGCUGCAGUCGUAACCAUUGUGCUGCCCACUACACUCCUAAUACAGGUGACACAACUGUUCUUGAAUAUGAUGAUGUGGUGAAAAUAGAUUUUGGCACACACAUUAAUGGACGUAUUAUUGACUGUGCAUUCACUCUGCACUUCAACCCUCGGUAUGAUCCCCUAGUUAAAGGUGUGCAGGAGGCAACUGAAGCUGGUAUUAAAUCAUCCGGGGUAGAUGUGAGGUUGUGUGAUGUUGGUGCUGCAAUACAAGAAGUAAUGGAAUCACAUGAAGUAGAGUUGGAUGGCCAAGUGUAUCAAGUGAAGCCUAUUCGAAAUCUUAACGGGCAUUCGAUUGGGCCCUAUAGAAUUCAUGCUGGCAAAACGGUGCCAAUUGUAAAAGGAGGCGAAACGACACGCAUGGAAGAAAAUGAGUUCUAUGCUAUUGAAACAUUUGGAUCUACAGGACGCGGGCAAGUUCACGAUGAUAUGGACUGUUCACACUACAUGAAAAAUUUCGACCAACAGUUUGUGCCAUUAAGACUGCAAUCUUCCAAACAAUUGCUAAAUUUGAUUAACAAAAAUUUUGGUACGCUCGCAUUUUGCAAGCGAUGGUUAGAACGCGCUGGCGCGUCAAGGUAUGCUAUGGCACUAAAAGAUCUCUGCGAUAAAGGAGUGGUGGACCCUUACCCACCUUUGUGUGACAUCAAAGGUUGCUACACUGCCCAGUUUGAACACACUAUCCUUCUAAGACCUACUUGUAAGGAAGUGAUAUCACGUGGAGAAGAUUACUAGCGUCUAAUGAACAACGUCGACAACGUUGCUGUUUUGUUAUAAUUGUGUUAAACACUUACAUUCAAUAAUGUCAAAAUAUACUCUCCUGCAAGUUCUUUAAAAAUUGUAAAUAAAUUGUUUUAAUAACAACAAUAGUUAUUUUCUUUGCUUAUUGGUAGAUGUCAGUCUUAUAACAGUAUAAUAUUAGUUAUAUUCUUUGAACAUUUUAACUGUGCAGUUGCGUAUAUUCAUAUUAUUAUCCGUCAUUGAACCCGUCUCGUCCACUUAUAUGUGGGUUAUUUGUUUUAUUAUUUAUAGGUUUUCACUUUUAUUAAAAUUGUAUAUCAUUUAUCCUAAAUAACUUGUAUUAAAUUUCUUUAAGUAAUGUCAUUAAUUUUAUAAAAGGUGAUAUAUUAUUAUAUAUACACUAGUUUGUCAAACUAACACAUGAAACAUAUGAAAUAAAGUUCAAACUUACAUAA